UUGCCAUCUCCUCUUCUCUUCCAUUUCUCGUCGUCGGUUCGAAUUCGAAAGCAGCACACUCGUCAAAACCCUAAACCUGUCAAAAUUCCGAACGGCCAAAAGUCUUGCGCAAACGUGGCAACGCGACGCCGUAGCCUCAGUUCAUGGUGCGCUCCUAACAUUUCAUUUCCAGAUGCUGACAAUGCUGAGCGGAGUAAAAGGCUAAGGAGAGAAGAUCAAAGAGGUUGGCCAGGGAAAAGAAUGAUAGAUUGUGGAGUAGCUGGGUAAAAAUCCUAAUGUUGAUGGAGAUUUUACCGAAAGUGAAACACAUAGAGGAGAAGAAUAAAGAUGACAAGAGGAAUAGGAAGACUACAAGUAAAGAUGAAGCUCAAGGCACAGUUCAGGGAAAAAUAGGUGCAGGUUUUACAGCAUAUCCUUUAGAAGUAAAAGAAACUAUUGAAACAAAAAUGAAGCCUGGAAUUAGUGAGAUGGCAGAAAGUAAAGUAGAUGUGCAAAGCAUGGAUCUGAGUAAAAUGGAUGCACAGUCGACGGAAAAUCUUGUUGACAGAAAUAUAGCUGGCAAAAGAAAACGGAAGAAGAAAAGGAGAAAAAAGAGUCUCAACAAUAUGACAAUUGGCAAUGACGUCCAAACCAUGGUGCAGAAUACAAUAGAUGUAGCGCUAACAGAAAAUAUCACCAAAGGGAAUGUGACUGGGAGAGAAGGGAUGGAUGGAAUUGUUGGGAAGUCAACAGUUAAAGAAGUCGGAAAUAUGGGAGAGCAUAAACUGGAUACUGGGGUAACCGAAAAUCUUGCUGCAGGGGAUGUGACAAGCAUGAAGAAAAAGAAAAGGAAACGAAAGGCAAAGAGUAAAAGCAAAGCUGAAAGUGCAAAUCAGAUUCAAAUGCAUGAGGAGUCAAUGGAUAUUCUCACAGAAGGAACUGUCUCUGGCAAACGGAAAAGGAAGAAGCGAAGGAAGACAAAAGGUAAAGAUGAAGUUCAAAGCAUGGAUCCGAUUACAAUGGAUACAAGCUUAGUAGAAAAUCUCACCGAAGGAAAUGAAUCUGGCAUAAAAAAUGAAACGAUCAGCACAAAGGCAACAAUAAAAGAUGAAGUCAAUUUGCACAAUAAUCAAAUGGGUACAAUGGCAGUUGGAAAUUUUGCUUUAGGUAAUCCAAUAUCCACUAGGAAAAGGAAAAGAAGAGGCAAGAAAAGGACCCCGGGCCCAGAUGAGCAUGAAUCAAUGUUGACUGGUGAAAUGACGUUUGAACCCCCAACUCAGCUCUCGGAGCUGCGAAUGAAGUGUUUUCCCAGUGGAAAUCAUUCUCCUAAUAUUCCUGUUCCUUCAGCUCGAAGAAAACUUCUUGUCCUUGAUGUAAAUGGUCUCCUUGCUGAUGUCGUGAAACCACCCCUAAAAGAUUGCAGAGGGGAUAGACGCAUAUCUGGGCGGGCAAUUUGCCGGAGACCCUUCUGUGACGACUUUCUGAAGUUUUGCUUUCGGAAUUUUGAAGUGGGCAUAUGGUCAUCAAUAUCCAGGGACAUCAUUCGUAGAAUUGUCAAGUAUUUACUGGGCGAUUUUCAAGAAAAAUUAAUGUUUUGUUGGGACAGGUCACAUUGCACGCAAACUGGUUUUAAAACUCUUGAGAAUCGUCAUAAGCCCCUGGUUUGCAAGGAUUUGCGGAAAGUUUGGGAAAAUAAGGAUCCUAAUUCGCCUUGGAAGAAGGGAGCUUAUGAUGAAUCAAACACAUUGUUGGUAGACGAUUCACCGUAUAAGGCCUUGCUCAAUCCGCUCCACACAGGAAUAUUCCCGUCUCCAUACCACCAUGUGGAUAAAAAUGACAAUGCAUUAGGCCCAGGGGGUGAGAUUCGAGUUUAUUUGGAAGAAUUGGCGAAAUCUGAAAAUGUGCAGAUGUUCGUUGCACAACACCCAUUUGGUGUAAAAGCUAUAGAUGAAGAAAGUCCGUGCUGGGAAUUUUAUGCCAAAGUACUCGACCAAAUUCAUCGUUCCACAACCUCAAGACAGCGACCCUCGUCGAGAUAGUUAUCUACGAUCUCGGACAGGACAGGUAUUAUAAGUUCUUGACAAUAUCUGAUAGAUUUAUAAAUGUUGCUAGGGAAUAGCAUUUUUUGCACUUAAUUUGUUUGUGCUUUCAAACUUGCAAAGAUAUUAUUGUGUCCUAUAAAUUUAUGAAUAUAUUUAUAUCCUAGAUUAGAUUUACUAAUUUA